AUGGCCGCUGAAACCGCUCGAUCUGGCCUGGCCGUCGGCCUCAACAAGGGUCACAAAACCACCCCCCGUGUCGUCAAGCCCCGUGUUUCCCGAACCAAGGGUCACCUGAGCAAGCGCACCGCUUUCGUCCGUGAGGUCGUCAAGGAGGUUGCUGGCCUUGCCCCCUACGAGCGCCGAGUCAUUGAGUUGCUCCGCAACUCCAAGGACAAGCGUGCCCGUAAGCUCGCCAAGAAGAGACUCGGUACCUUCGGCCGUGCCAAGGCCAAGGUCGACGAGCUCCAGCGCGUCAUCGCUGAGGCCCGCCGUACUGGUCACUAA